AUGCCGGCAACAAAACAAUUUCCCACGCAGCUUGUUCAUACUCUCAAAACGCACAAUGGACCGGUAAAUGCGGUGACUUUCUCUAGCUAUCCAGGUACAUAUGUCCUCACUGGUUCCGCUGAUCGCGCCAUUCACCUCUCGCGCGCCAUCCCCAACAACAGCUCUACUACUGGUCACGAGACGACCUCCCCAAUCCAAAAAUACGAGGCGCACGGGUACUCAGUCCUGGACGUGGCUGUUACAGCAGACAAUGCGCGGUUUGCAAGCGUCGGCGGAGACCGGCAGGUAUUUCUGUGGGACGUCGAACAAGGUGUGACUACACGGCGAUGGGCCGGACAUAAUGCCAGGGUCGAGGCCGUACAGUUCGCUGGCGAGGGUGAUUCCGUGGUGGUAUCUGGAAGCGCAGACACGACCAUUAACCUGUGGGACGCCCGGUCCAAAUCACACAAGCCUAUCCAGGCCCUCACCGAGGCCGGCGAUACCGUUUCCUCGCUACACGUACAUAUGCCGACGUAUUCUAUAGCAAGUGGAAGCUACGAUGGCCGCGCUCGCAUUUACGAUGUUCGCAUGGGCCGGACAACCGUUGACGUCCUUGCUCACCCCGUUACGAGCGUGCGGUGCUCUGCGGACGGCAAUGCCCUGCUGGUUUCUUCACUCGACAGCCGGAUCCGGAUGCUGGACCGGGCAGACGGCAAACUGCUCAAGGCUUUUGGGGGCGAGGAGGGUCUCGAGCAAAGCACUACCGGUGCGAGGGCGACGUACCGCAAUAGCGAACUUAGGAUUCGGUCUGUCUUUGCCAGGGGCGACGCCGUCGUCCUCAGUGGCAGUGAGUCGGAGAAAGGAGAUUUGUCGCUACAGGCUCAUGUAUUUGCGUGGGAUGUGCUCAGUGGAGAGGUUAUUGCGGCUGUCCCGGCGGGUGAUGGAGUGAAGGUUGUUAGCUGUGUAGCAUGGAACGAGAAAGGAGGCUGCUGGGCUGGGGGCUGCUCCGAUGGUAUGCACCGUCAAAAUCUACGGCUGAACAACAAGAGGAUCCUGAUCGUUGCGGCCAACCAGGAAGCUCCUUGUAACGUCGACAGCAGCUUGGCCAGUUCGUGCCUCCCGACGAGAACAACACGGGGUUGCAUUCCCUUCCUCGCCUGUAUCCCAAGCGGAAAAGACUUUAAUGGCCUGCAAUCCGAAUUCACACAACUUCGCCGAAGCCAUUCUCCAAGAGCACCAGCUUCAGACGCUGGCCGGACACCAACCAGAUCAACGAGGCCAGCUGCAAGGUCAAACGGGCUGUCCAUCCCCGCGCACAGAAACGCCUAG